AUGGACUUGGCUGCUAUGGGCUUGGACUACGGCACCGUAACAGCGCCUACUUGUCCAGGAACCCUUUUACAAAUGACAGAGGCUACUGCAGCGCCAGCAAACGUAUUCAGCAGCAUCAACACGUCGAGUCCGCCAGCCGCGGAUACAACCGCCUCUUCAUCCGUGUUCACGUGGCUGUCAGGGGCAGAACCCACUACAUCUCCCACAGAUGUCGGACAUGCCUUAGAGCUGCUAUCAAGCAUAUACGCAGCGAAUCCAACACCAAACCUCUUCGAAGCAAUAGGCCACAUCAUCACGUCCGGACUAUCCACCGUCCUGCCCGACGAGUUCGAGAAGUCCAUCAGGGAGGACUUCAAGGGCGCAGACAUCGAACCACACACCAACCCCCGCGAGCCAGCAUCGCCCAUCUAUCCCCGGGUAAUUCCAGCCGACGCGCCCUACAGCUUCUCAGAAUCCAAGCUCCGUAGCGCAAUCAACAUCCCACCCAACUUCCGGUACGGUGCCGCCGGCGCACCCCAGCCCGUGAUCCUAGUCGGCGGGACCGGGAACCCCGGCCGCGUCACAUACGAGGGCUCGUACAUCCCCUUGCUACAGCGCGACGACGACAGCAGCUUCGCCGACCUGGUCUGGCUCGACAUCCCCGGCGAGUCGCUCGAGGACGUGCAGACGAACGCCGAGUACGUCGCCUACGCCAUCCACUACAUCCACGGCAUCAGCGCCGGCCGGCAAGUAGCGGUAUUCGGCUACUCGCAGGGCAACGUCGAUGCGCAAUGGGCGUACAAGUACUGGCCGUCGACGCGCGCCAAGGUCUCGGACCACGUCGGCUUCUCGCCCGGAUACCACGGGACGCUGAUCACGGAGGCGCUGGCGCUGGUCCCGCAGCCGCCCGCGUGGCUGCAGUCGACGUACACGAGCGACUUAGUCGCGGCCCUAAACGCUGGUGGCGGGGAUUCGGCGCAUGUGCCUACGACGAACGUCUACUCGGUCACGGACCAGGUCGUGCAGCCACAGCACGGCGAGCAUGCCUCCGGCGCCCUUGGGGAUGAGCGUGGCGUUGGUGUUUCGAAUAUUUUGGUCCAGGAGAUCUGCGAGGGGGCGCCGGCGGGUGGAUUUUAUACCCAUGAGGCUAUUCUUGUGCACCCGCUUGCGUAUGCGCUGGCGAGGGAUGCGCUUGCUCAUGAUGGGCCUGGGAGGGCGGAGAGGCUGGAUCUGGAGACCGUGUGUGCGACGGCUGUGGUGCCGGGCUUGACGUGGGAGAAUAUACUGGCUACGGAGAACAACGUGGUGUAUGCGGGCGCGGCGACGUUUCGGUAUCCCGGCAAGUCUUGGACGGAGCCGGUGAUCAAGGAGUAUGCGAAACCUUAA